AGCACAUCCCAGCACUUAAUCAUGAGAUGUGAAGUAUUAUAUAUAUUAUUUUCAGAUAGCACAAAUGUAAAAUAGAGUACUACAAAAAAUAUACAAAGUGCACAAAGAAGAUGUUCAGAUAGUACAGAUAAUAUGGGAGAGGAACAUCCAGUCCUGUACUAUAACUCAUCUAUAUGCAUUUAUGCCUACUCUCCAACAUAGUGAAGGCCAUCGUUUUCCCCCUGAGCGCGGAGACGCCAUGCACAAUUUUGGAGUCCUGGUGUGGAAUUUCAGAAGAGCAGGGUGGCAGGGUGGGAUGGGAGGUGACGGGGAUUGACGGGUGGGCGACGCCACCCCCACCCUCCACCCUCCCCCACGCGUGCACUCAUGGAUGGUCACACAAUGUGACAGUAGCGAUGGCUGGGCACGGGACGCAGCCGCUGCGCUUUGCGGGACCCCAUCUCCAGGUUCCACACGCGCCCUUAGACUAGCAUCGCUUUGCUCACCCUCGCGCUGUCUCUCUCUCUCUCUCUCUUGUUCGCUCUCUUUCUCUCGCGCACGCCUGGCCUCGAACCCCGCGGGAGAAAAGAAGAGAACGCAGAUCGCGACGCUUCCGGGAAAACGUUUUUGGCCGGCCGCUUUCAAGGGAGAUUGGUAUUGUAUUUCUUUUGAACCACUAGUUGAUGGAUUUAUCACUGACAAUACAACAACAUUUUAGUAAGUCCACCGUCUGUCACUACUUUGGGUGCUUUUUUGUGUCAUUGGACAUCUGGUCCUUUUUUCGUCUGCUUUGCAAUGUGUUUAAAAGUUGCCGUGGGCACUAGAUUCUCAAUUGUAGCUGAUUUGAAAUUGAUACAACUGUAAAAUGUCAGCACCGGGAAAAACGUUCCUUUGAAUUGCUGCUAAUGAUUCUAGUAGGCCUGUAAGAAGCACAAUGGUGGUGCUCAGGAUUUUUUAUUGGCACGUUUAACCUCAGUCUCCAGUACUGUGAUUCGAGAAUGUAUUAGAGAAGUAUGUGGCCGGUCGAGAGGGAAAGUGAUCAAGGCAGCUUGUUAGUCCCGUAUGACUGACUCGAUGGCGUCCAUCCUGUGUCUGAGGGUGGGUGUUCGGUGGUCUCCACAGCUGUUCUGGGCUGUACUGAGUGGGAUGCCACAUUACAGAACCUCCAGAUAGAAAUAUAUUACAACAGAUAUGUAUCCUUUACGUAGAACAAGGAAUCAUACCGCCUCCUAAAUGCAACCCUGCUGCCUCCUUCAGUGCCAAACGCAUUGGCUUUGACUGAGAGAUUGUGUGACUUCACUGAGUGAUGUCGGGAGCAGAAAGUACAUAGGAUGGAUACAAUGUGUGUGCAUAAUAUGACAGUAAUCUUUUGUAAUAUUUUGGCUUCAAACCAGAGGUCAAUGUUUGUUUUGGUUUCUGAACCUGUACAUUUUCAUUCAAAGUUUUUAUUCCCCUCUUCUCUCAUGUCCCCUUCUCUCAUUUUCCCACCUCCCUUUCUUAUUUUCUUACCCUCUCAGUUGUUACUCACCCGUGCUUGUACUCCCCCUCUCCCUGGCCUAUGCUCUCUCAUUUUGUGUGUGUUCUCUCCCCACCUCUCUCUUCCCUCUCAUCCCCAGUCGGUGCCUACACAGCCCUAUUCCCUCUCUGUUGCUCCCACCUAUCUCCAGCUUUCCAGCUUUCCUCUACCUCUCUAUCUGCACCUCUCUCCUGCUUCACCCAACCUCUCUCCUCCAGCCUCUCCCCUCCUCUCUCCCCCAGCCUCUCCCCACCCAGGCCUCGCCCAGUUGCUACUCAUCCCAGGCUGUGCUCUCUCUCCCCAGGCUAGAAAUCGUGUGAAGCAUGGGUGACUGGAGCUUUCUGGGGCGGCUGCUGGAGAACGCUCAAGAACACUCCACCGUGAUUGGCAAGGUGUGGCUGACAGUCCUCUUCAUCUUUCGUAUCCUGGUCCUGGGGGCGGCUGCGGAGGAAGUGUGGGGAGACGAGCAGUCGGACUUCACCUGCAACACGCAGCAGCCCGGUUGCGAGAACGUGUGCUACGACGAAGCCUUCCCCAUCUCGCACAUCCGCUUCUGGGUGCUGCAGAUUAUCUUCGUGUCCACGCCCACCUUGAUCUACCUGGGACACGUGCUGCACAUUGUCCGCAUGGAGGAGAAACACCGGGAGAAGGAGGAGGAGCAGCGGAAGGCCAGCCGGCACCAGGAGGAGAGAGACCCUCUGUACAGGAACGGAGGAGGAGGAGGGAAAAAGGAGAAGCCCCCAAUCAGAGACGAGCACGGUAAAAUCCGCAUCCGGGGGGCUCUCCUGCGCACAUACGUGUUCAACAUCAUCUUCAAGACGCUGUUCGAAGUGGGCUUCAUCCUGGGUCAGUACUUCCUGUAUGGCUUCCAGCUCAGCCCCCUGUAUAAGUGUGGUCGCUGGCCCUGCCCCAACACAGUUGACUGCUUCAUCUCACGCCCCACAGAGAAGACCAUCUUCAUCAUCUUCAUGCUGGUGGUAGCCUGCGUCUCCCUGCUGCUCAACCUGCUGGAGAUAUACCACCUGGGAUGGAAGAAGGUGAAGCAGGGGGUCAGCAACGAGUUUGCGCCCGGCCGAAUGGCGCUCCCCCUGGCCAGAGACGAGGCGGUGGAGUCCAACAUGAUCCAGGAGGGGAUCACCCACCCGGCCCUCAACUGCUUGCCCACGUACGGUGGCGUGAACGUGGUGUACCUGCCCAACGAGCAGGCAAAUGCCACGGCUGCUAUAUCCGAGCAGCAGGCAGCGGCGGCAGAACUCAAGAUGGACCCUUUCCAUGAAGACUUCCUGCUGGAGGCUCCUCCCACGUCCUUCUACGGCAGUGAGGGCAGUGGCCAGCAGCAGUCCAUGGAGCAGAACUGGGCCAACAUGGCCAUGGAACUGCAGACCCUGGACGCUGCCAAGUCCUCCUCCUACCCUCCUCUUCCCUCCUCCCCUUCUCCGCCACCCUCCUCCUCCUCCCCCACCUCCUCUGACCAGGAGCAGUCACCCCCUCCACCGGACACUGCCCCUCUUAUCCCCGACUCCCGCUCCUCCACCCUCCCGUUGGGGGAAUCGAGAAGGAGUGAGGAGCACCAGCAGCAGGACGAAGAGGAAAUGGAGGCGGCGCUGCCACUGACGCACGUUGAUGAUGUCCCGGUGACCCGGGUGGAGAUGCACGAGCCGCCCAUUUUCAUAGCGGCGGACGCCCGCAGGCUGAGCAGGGCCAGCAAGACCAGCAGUGUCCGAGCCCGGCCCGACGACCUUGCCGUGUAACACAUACACACACACACACACACACACACUCUCACACACCUUCACACAAUCACAUACAAACACAUGCAGACCCCUAUCCACCACCGCACCCCAACGCCUCUGGGUUCUAUACAUUAUAUAUCUUUGAGGCUCAGGUGUCAAAUGUUGUGUGAAAUACAGAGGCGAUGUGGGAGGGGGGGG